GUACCCUGCAGGCAGUUCAUUUCUCAGCCCAGCCCAGCCCCACCCUUGGGAGCGGAGAGGGUUGGGCACACACACACACACACACACACACACACACACACACACACACACACACACACUGUUACGGCUGCUGGAUGGGGAGGAGCCUUCAGUCUCAAGUCACUGCAGGACUUGACACACACUUGGUGGCGGAUGUUGAAGGGGAGCAGAGCGGAGUGAAUAUUUGACAGAGCAGAAGUGGAGAGACUUUGAGAGGAUCGUAUCUGUGGUGCACCGCCCCUGGAAGCUCACAUCUCCCCCCCUCUCUGCGUCUCUCUCUCUCCGACGGGCUGUGGCUGUGCUGUGUGUGUAUCUGGGCUGGGCUGUGCUGUGCUGAAAGGGAACGUUUGGCUUGGAGACACAGCAGGAGGAACAGCAGCGGACUUCAUUUCCCCUCCAGCGAGUGCAGGACCCAGUGAGGACGUUAAAUCCUCUUCUUGAAGCCUUUUUCUUUUCUUUUCUUUUUCUUUGUUUCUUUGUGAACUUUGGGACUUGGAUUUGGAAACUUCACAAUAAGAGGUGGAGAUGGGCAGGUGGGCGGUGAGUCUGGUGGUGGGGCUCCUCACUCUUGCCCUCUGUUCAACAAGCAGUCUAGCAGAAAGAGUGAACCACUGUCUGGCCUCCCAAGCAAAUACCUGUUCAGAGUGCAUCCAAGCAGGAAAGGGCUGUGGAUACUGCCCAGAUGAGAUCUUUGACGCUCCUCGAUGUGACCUCUCUGAAAGCCUGACGUCUCUGGGGUGCAGCCAGGUGGUGACCGCUCAGAGCUCCAUGUCCGUAGAGAAGAACGUGGCCAUCAAUCAGGAGCUAAAGUACUCCCAGGUUGCCCCCCAGCUGUUGACCAUGAGCCUGCUGCCCGGCGAGGAGCGCGAGGUGGACAUGGAGGUGUUCGAGCCGGCCAAGGGCCCCCUGGACCUCUACAUCCUCAUGGACUUCUCCUACUCCAUGCUCGACGAUCUCAACAACUUGAAGGAGAUGGGCGAAGGGCUGGCAAAUACGGUGGGCAAGCUUUCUGACGACUUCACCAUCGGCUUUGGCAAGUUCGUGGACAAAGUCACAGAACCGCAGACGGACAUGAGACCAUCCAAGUUGAAACAGCCUUGGCCCGACAGCGACUCUCCCUUCUCCUUCCAGAACGCCAUCAAGCUGACGAGCAACACCACCUCCUUCCGAGAGAAACUGCAGAACGAGCGGAUCUCUGGAAACCUGGACGCCCCGGAGGGGGGGUUCGACGCCAUCUUGCAGACGGCGGUCUGUGAGUCGGAUAUCGGCUGGCGGCCGUUCAGCACUCACCUGCUGGUCUUCUCCACGGAGUCUGCGUUCCACUACGAGGCCGACGGCAUGAACGUGCUGGCAGGCAUCGUGCCCCGCAACGACGAGGAGUGCCACCUGGCCUCCAACGGCACCUACACCCACUACAAGAAGCAGGACUACCCGUCCGUGCCCACGCUGGUCCGGUUGCUGGGCAAGCACAACAUCAUCCCCAUCUUUGCCGUCACCCAGCACUCCUACACCUACUACGAGAAGCUGGCUACGUACUUUCCCAUUGCUGAGGUGGGGAAACUGGAGGAAGACUCUGCAAACAUCCUGAGCAUCCUGGAGAGUGCCUUUGUGAGUAUCCGCUCUAAGAUGAGUAUCCGCGCUGAGGAGAAGCCCAAAGCAGUGGAGACUACGAUCCUCUCAGCCAGCGGCCAGCUUGCCGAGUCCGGAACCUUCCGCGUCACACCUGGACAGAUCGGUAAGUUUAAGGUGAAGGUGCGAGCCAAUCAGAAGGUGGGUGAUCAGCCGGUGUGCCAGAUGCCCACUAGCGACCGCGAGGGCGUCAUGCGGGUGAAGCCCACCACCUUUAGUAGCGCCCUGGGGGUCAAGGCCAGCGUGCUGUGCCCCACCUGCGACUGCGAGAAGACACGGUCGGUGAAAUCGGCACGUUGCAGUCUGAAUGGAGACCUCAUCUGUGGAAAGUGCCAGUGCUACGAAGGCUGGUUGGGGCCUUACUGUAACUGCUCGGUGGACGCCUCCUCAUCCAACACGGGCCUCUGUAAGGGGCCCGGCAUGACGGAGGCCUGCUCGGGCCGGGGGGACUGCCUGUGCGGCACCUGCAUCUGCUACAACCCCAGCCAGUUCGAAGGACCGUACUGCCAGUUUGACAAGUCCCAGUGUACUCGCUUUGGAGGGUUCCUCUGUAAUGAUCGUGGCCGUUGCUUCAUGGGUCAGUGUGCGUGUGAGGAUGGCUGGACGGGUCCAGCCUGCGGGUGUCCAAUCAGCAAUCAUACGUGCCUGGACAGCAAAGGGGUCAUGUGCAGUGGGCGAGGUGUGUGUAAGUGUGGUCGCUGUGAGUGUGAAGACUACGGCAUGCCACUUGACCCUACCUGCGCACCCAGCUUUCAGGCUCAACUGGGCAUGUGUGAGGGUAAGCGUAGUUGUGUCCAGUGUCAGGCCUGGAAGACUGGAGAGAAGAAAGACGAGGAGGAGUGUAAGAAAUGCCCCUUCACCAUAACCAUGGUGGACGAGCUCAAAGACAGGGAACAGGUGCUUGAAUCCUGCACGUUCCGUGAUGAGGACGAUGACUGCACCUACCACUACACCGUGGACCUCCCCGCCAACCCCACCCAGAAGGGCACGGAGGUGGAGGUGCUGAAGAAGAAAGAGUGUCCUCCUGCUGGUUUCCUGUGGCUUAUUCCUCUCAUCAUGUUCCUCAUGCUGCUCCUGGGGCUCUUGCUGCUCUGCUGCUGGAAAUACUGCGCUUGCUGCAAGGCCUGUUUGGCGUUGCUUCCCUGUUGUGGCAGAGGUCGCACGGUGGGCUUUAAGGAGGACCACUACAUGCUGCAGCAGUCCCUGCUGACGUCGGACCACCUGGACACCCCCCUGGUGCGCAGCGGCCCCCCCAAGAGCACCGACGUGGUGCGCUGGAAGAUCACCGAUAACGUGCACCGCGGACCGGACCACCCGCUCAACCAGGCCCAGCCCAACCCCAAAGAAACCAUCCAGUUUCCUCUCUCCUUGCGUCUGAACCGCCACUUCUCUGAGAGUCUGUCUCGCUCCGAGAGCCGUGACGCAGAGGCCCUUCGCCACGAGGUGGACGACAACCUGAAUGAAGUGUACAAGCAGAUUCCUGGAUCUCACAAAGUGGCCAGCACCAAGUUCAGGACCCAACGAAAUGCUGGCAAAAGACCCAACAACACUAUUGUGGACACGGUUCUGGCGGCUCCUCGCUCCAGCUACCCCGACAUCGUCAGGCUGACCAGCAAGCAGGUGCAGGCGGGCACCUUCAGCAACCUGAAGGUGGUGCCAGGGUUCUACACCGUGGCGACGGACAGAGAGGCCACUGGAGCAGUGGAGCUGCAGGAAGGUGUGGAGUCCGUAGAUGUGCGUGUGCCGCUCUUCAUCAAAGACGAGGAUGAGGAGAAGAAGCAGCUGCUGGUGGAGGCGGUGGAGGUGCCCGUCGGCAUCGCCAAGAUCGUCCGCCCCUUCGUUAACAUCACUGUCGUCAAAGAGCAUGCCAAGAGCAUCCUGACGUUCCUGCAGCCCUCGUACACGUACAGCCGCCAGGAGGGCGUGGCCAACAUCCCCAUCAGCCGCGAGAUUGUGGAGGAAGGACGCACGCAGGUCACCUACCGCACCCGUGACCUCACCGCCAAGGACAAGAAGGACUAUGUGUCUGUGGAGGGCGAUCUGACCUACCAGCCUGGGGAGACCCAGAAGAUGGUACCCGUCAAACUGCUGGAGCUGGGGGAGAGCGCCGCCCUGCUGGACGACCGGCAGGUCAAGCAGUUCGUCAUGGACCUGAGCAACCCGCGGCAGGGCGCCAAGCUGGGUCGAUACCCACGCACCACCAUCACCAUCGCCGACAAGCCUGAGCCCAGCGUCAUGAUGUUUAAGAAGGGCACCCAGACCUUCACCACCGCCGACCCGAAGUACACCAUCCCCGUGGUCCGCACCCGGAACCUGGAGGGCCCGGCCAGCGUGCACUGGCGGACCCGCAAGGCGUCCCGCUUCGAGGUGUCCGGCCCGCUGAAGUUCGGCCCGGGCGAGAGCGAGAAGAACAUUGUGAUCGACGCACGCUCCCAUCCCGGCCCAAUCAACACGGAGACAUUCCAGCUGGAGCUGUUUGAGCCGGGUCCCAACGCCGCCGUCGGAGAGAGGAAGACCACGCUGGUCAACGUCACCGACCCUGGUGGCGAUAUGAACACUGAGGACAUCCCUCUGCAGACCAUGGGCUUCCUGCCCCAGCAGAGUGCGUCUCCUGGAGGAGUCCCCUUCUCCCCCGCCAACAUCAAGGCCAACGCCACGGGCCCCAAGAACAUCCACCUCAACUGGGCCCCUGUUGCUGGGGCCCUCGGCUACAAGGUGAAAUACUGGAUCUAUGGCGACCCAGAGGAGAACGGCCAGGUGAUUGAUGUGAAGUCGCCCCAGGCCGAGCUGACCAACCUCUACCCGUACUGCGACUAUGAGAUGCGCGUGUGCAGCUACAACGCCAAUGGCCAAGGAGGUUACAGUGACAUGGUGCAGUGCCAGACCCUGGAGGAUGGCCCCAGUGAGCCUGGCCGCCUUGCCUUUAACGUCAUCAGCCCCACUGUCACUCAAGUGAGCUGGGCGGAGCCGGCGGAACCCAACGGUGUCAUCACAGACUAUGAGGUCUUGUACACGCCCAUCAACGAGGACAGCAAGCCCAUGGGUGCCGACAAGAAGGUGAAGAUUGAUAACGCAAAGAAACGAAUGCUGCUGAUCGAGAACCUGCAGCGCAGCCAAACCUACCACUACAAGGUGCGGGCCAAGAACAGUGUUGGCUGGGGACCGUUCCGUGACGCCACCCUCAACCUGGCAUCCCAGCCCACCAGACCCAUGUCCAUUCCCAUCAUCCCUGAUAUCCCGAUCGUGGAUGCGGAUGCCGGCGGUGAUGAGUAUGACAGCUACCUGAUGUACAGUAACGAGGUGAUGCGCUCCCCUGCCGGCUCCAAGUGCCCCAGCGUUGCAGGAGACGAUCAGGUCAUGAAUGGCAAGUGGGACCAGAGUUUCCUCUACCCGGGAGGAUCAGGAUCACUCUCACGUAACGUCAGCUCUGCGUCGUCCAGCUACAACCAGCUGUCGCCCCUCCCCCAGACGAACGUCAAACAUGGAAGCUCUACCAGCAGUAUGACCAUGGGGUCCUCAACCACAUAUCUGUCAGGCCAAGGGGGGUCGUUGUCACGACGACAGGAGGUCAUCUCAAAGGGUGGAUACCCAGCGGGAGAAGUGAUCAUGAGGAAACGUUCUGAGAACCGUGGUUACUAUGACGAGAACGUGCGGGAUUCCAUCGUCAUGGGCGACGCACAGGCUGGAUUCGUGGACAACAUGAGUGGCUCAGGCUACAGUAAGACGCUGACCCACUUCAUGGCUGCCAGCUCCAGGGUGCGCACACAGUCGGAGGAUGUGAACGAGGCCCUGAUGAACCUGGACAGGGUGCUCCUGGACACCAGGAUGCAGCCCGGUGUCCCCGACACUCCGACCCGUCUGGUGUUCUCCGCUCUGGGCCCCACGGUGCUGAAGGUCAGCUGGCAGGAGCCCCACUGCGAGGGGGACAUCCUGGGGUACUGCGUCCUCUACCAGCAACUCAAUGGAGGCGAGAGCAAGCGCAUCGAGGUGAGCAACCCGGGGCAGAAUUCGGUGGUGGUGCAGGACCUGCUGCCCAACCACUCGUACAUGUUCAAGGUGAAGGCCCAGAGUCAGGAGGGGUGGGGGCCGGAGAGAGAGGGCGUCAUCACCAUCGAGUCCGCCGUCGACCCCAAGAGCCCACUCAGCCCCAUGCCUGGCUCCCCCUUCACCCUGAGCACGCCCAGCGCCCCCGGGCCCCUGGUGUUCACGGCCCUGAGCCCCGACACGCUGCAGCUGAGCUGGGAGAAGCCGCGCAAGCCCAACGGAGACAUCCUGGGCUACGGGGUCACCUGCCAGCAGCUGCACGGAGGAGGUGACCCGCGUUCCUUCAAGGUGGGCGGGGACAACGCCGAGACGAGCCUGACCGUAUCUGACCUGCAGGAGAAUGUGCCCUACAAGUUCAAAGUUCAAGCGCGGACCACCCAGGGCUUCGGGCCUGAGAGAGAGGGCAUCAUCACCAUCGAGUCCCAGGAUGCAGCAUCCAUGUCUCAGUACGGCAGUCAGUCCAUGACCACAAGAGACGUCUUCCAGCUUCCAGGAGACGUCUCCGGUCGCACCAACGUCACACACACCACCUUUAACGACCCCUACUCCUCAGGGUCUCUGCAAGAGGGCAUGAUGAUGACGACUCAGCGCAUGGAGGGCAGCGGCGGAACCUUUAACGACUCCUACUCAUCAGGGGCUCUACAAGAGGGCAUGAUGAUGACGACUCACCGCAUGGAGGGCAGCGGCGGAACCUUUAACGACUCCUACUCUUCAGGGGCUCUACAAGAGGGCAUGAUGAUGACGACUCACCGCAUGGAGGGCAGCGGCGGAACCUUUAACGACUCCUACUCUUCAGGGGCUCUACAAGAGGGCAUGAUGAUGACGAGCCAGCGCAUGGAGAGCAGCGGAACCUUCACGCGUCAGGUGAUGCAGGAAGUGGUGCAGAGGGGCGUGGUCUCCAGCACGAGUGUCACCAAACGCACGGACCAGACGUACUACGAGGCCUGAGGCGGCAUCACCACACACUCUCACACACGCAUACACUGCAUACACAUACACACACACACACCCACACUACAUUCACACACUCACAUAC